CCGUCCUUCACACACAGACAUGCACACUUCCUUAGGGCUCGUGUUUCUACUGGCUGGGGCGGCCCUAGCCCUCCCUGCCAUCCAGGACACCAAGGACACCAGUCUCUGGCGAGGCACCGCCAUGGAUGCAGUUGUCAAGGAUCUGGAAGCCGCUUGUAACGAGAAAAACGACGGAAUAUCCUGCAUCAAGUACAAGGUUCUCCACCUCAUCGACCAGGCUCUCGUCAAGGAUUCCUUCCAGGUAACUGACGCGGUGUCCGUGGUAAAGAAUGAGGCUGCCGAUGCCGUAAAACCUGAAGAGCAGGCCGAGGAGGGCCGUGGGUUCCUGGACACCUUGGAAAACUACGUCCAGAGCCACGACAUGGUUGUACGACUUCCCCGAGCCCUAGGGGAACAGACCCUAGCUAUCUCCGCCCGCAACAUCGAUAACAACGAGAUCUCCGUAGCUCUGCGAUCAGAGGCCGAGAGUGACGCCCAGGUCGAGGGAAAGAGCCGCAGGCGCCGCAAGAACAAGCUGAAGAAGAUCCUCGUCCCCAUCCUCGUUUUCGUUCUCCUGAAGGCCAUGACUCUGAUCCCUCUGGCCAUCGGUGUCCUGGGACUGAAGGCCUGGAACGCCCUCCAGCUCAGUUUCUUCUCUUUCCUCAUCUCCAUCAGCUUGGCCAUGUUCCAGCUGUUCAAGAAGAUCGCCUCUGACGCCCCGGCACCCGCUGCUCUCCAUGCUGCACCCUGGCAAGACUAUAACCAGUACGCGGCUGCUGCCCGCACUCUCCUGGUAGACCAAGCUGACAAGGAUCUGGAUGCCCAACAGUUGGCCUACAACGCCUACAGCAACCAGUGAGCCUCCC